CGAUGCUUUACCUCACCCCGUCUCCCCAUCAGUCAUCGGCCACACUGCAGUCGGUCAGUCAUUAUGGCGACCGUCCUCAUUACCGGUUGCGGGAAGGGAGGCAUUGGCGAGGCAUUGGCGCUCCAUUAGCAGGCCCGCGGUUGCACCGUACUUGCCACCGUUCUACCGUCAGAAUCUGACGACCAUCUUACCUUCGUUGGCAUCGAGUGCUUUCAGUUAACGUGAUCAAGGAUGACUCGGUGCGUGGCUUGUGCAAAGCGGUCGAGACCAGGAUCGGACGACCGACUAGACAUUCUAGUUAACAAUGCCGGGAUAUGCUAUACCAUGACUGCCAUCGACACCGAUGUGAGCCAGGUGCAACAGAUGUUCGACGUCAAUGUCUUUGGACCCAAUCGCAUGGUCCAUACCUUUCAUUCCUGGCUGAUUCGAGCCAAAGGAUGUGUGGUGAACAUAGGGUCGGUCGGUGGGACUCCGGCCUCGUCAUCCAUAGAGUCCUUCCACACCCCCCUCCAGAAAGAAUUCCGCGCCCACGUACAGCGUGUACCGAAUACUACGGAUCGGGUGGUGUAUUCCCAGUCGGUGCUACAGCAAUCAUUGCGAAAAUGCCCACCCGCAUGGUACUGGGUUGGAAACACUUCGACGUUUGUCGAUUGUUUUGCCUUUCGCACGGUCUGGGACCUUAUAGCAUGGCCGGUUUUCCGCCUGGGCAAGUUGAAGAGUAAAACGAUGACCAACGAGAGUCUGAAGUAA